AAAUUCCGACCGCGUUUGUGUACUUAGAACGCGUCAUAUCGUCCGCCUACCAGCUAACGCACGUAGUGGCUUUGUAGUCUAAAACACACUUUGUUUGUCACCGUGAACAGGACCGGUGUGGCUCUGACAGUUUCUCUGUUGCCUUGGAUCACCCUCAAACUUCCAAAUGAGUGACGGGGAGUGCGACUUCUUCUGCUUCUUCCGCUGCUGCUGAGCGCGUACUCCACGCGGCUCAGACACACCGGACGCCAGUGUGUCUCUGGACACCGACUCAAGCACGCAGGCCGGAGGGCGGAAAGGUGGCGCUUUGAUAAGCCAUUCCAGCCGAUCAUAACCACACAGAUCCGACAGGUAGGCGUGCAGUCUACCUGUCCGGGUGGUUGAUUCCGUCGACCGGAUGUCUGUGGACAUGAACAGCCAGGCGUCUGACAGCAACGAGGAAGACUUUGGGGUCAACUCUGAAGAGGAGGAGGAUGAGGACGACGGCGGUGAAGAGGAGGAUCAAGGGGACAUCGAAACCUACUACGACGGGGUGGCCAGCGAUGUGGAGCAACAGGGCGCUGACUCCUUUGAUCCAGAGGAGUAUCAGUUCACUUGUCUGACAUACAAAGAGAGCCACAGAGUUCUCAAUGAGGAGGUGAACAUUGUGGCUGCUGCACUAAAGGUUUUACCGGCUGUUGCAAAGCUGAUCCUCGUGCAUUUUCACUGGCAGGUUUCACAAAUACUGGACAGGCAUAAGUCCAGUUCGUCUCUGGUGUUGUCAGAAGCCCUGGUUCAGCCGAGCAAUGCCUGCAGAGCGGUCUUUGCUCCUCAGUCCCUGCAGUGUGGCGUGUGUCUCCAGGUCGUAAGGAGAGACUCCCUGCUGGCGUUGCCCUGCCAGCACUCCUUCUGCAAAACUUGCUGGGAGCAGCACUGCACUGUACUGGUCAAAGAUGGAAUCGGAGUGGGCAUUUCAUGCAUGGCUCAGGAUUGCUCCCUGCAAAUGCCGGAAGAUUUUGUCCUGCCUCUACUGCCAGGAGAGGAGCUGAAGGACAAGUACAGACGCUACCUCUUCAGAGACUAUGUGGAGAGUCACUUCCAGUUGCAACUGUGUCCGGGUGCAGACUGUCCCAUCGUCAUUAAGGUGCAGGAGCCACGGGCGCGCAGGGUGCAGUGCAAUCGUUGCAGUGAGGUCUUCUGUUUUAAAUGCCGUCAGAUGUACCACGCACCCACAGACUGCGCGACCAUCCGGAAAUGGCUCACAAAAUGCGCCGACGACUCGGAGACGGCCAACUAUAUCAGCGCACACACGAAAGAUUGUCCUAAGUGCAAUAUCUGCAUUGAGAAGAAUGGAGGGUGCAAUCACAUGCAAUGCUCCAAGUGCAAACACGACUUCUGCUGGAUGUGUCUCGGUGACUGGAAGACUCAUGGCAGUGAAUACUACGAGUGCAGUCGUUACAAAGAAAACCCCGAUAUAGUCAACCAGAGCCAGCAGGCUCAGGCCAGAGAGGCUCUGAAGAAAUACCUCUUCUACUUUGAGCGGUGGGAGAACCACAACAAGUCUCUGCAGCUGGAGGCUCAGACAUACCAGAAGAUCCAGGAGAAGAUCCAGGAGAGAGUGAUGAACAACCUGGGAACCUGGAUUGACUGGCAGUACCUUCACAACGCUGCAAAGCUUCUCGCCAAGUGUCGCUACACACUGCAGUAUACGUAUCCUUAUGCCUAUUACAUGUCCGGCCCACGCAAAAAACUGUUUGAGUACCAGCAGGCUCAGCUGGAGGCAGAGAUUGAGAACUUGUCCUGGAAAGUGGAGCGGGUGGACAGCUACGAGAGGGCAGUGGUGGGAGGCGAGGUCGAUCUCAGUGCCAGCGACAGAGGGGAUCUGGAGAAUCAGAUGCACAUAGCUGAGCUGAGGCGACGCACGCUGCUGAAGGAUUUCCACGACACCUGAAGCGCCAUUUGGACUGCCGAGCACCAGCAUCUCUUUUUGUCCUUCCUUCGCUACCUUCCCUUUCUUACUUGCACCCACCCCACUUUUGCUUCCUUCAGUGACCAUCCCCGGGGCGCAGUCCCUGUGGUGCCCCUUUUCCUCGGUAACGAUCACUUGCUAUUUCACUUUGUCUUUUUCUCUCGUCCCUAUCUCACUCCUAAAAUGCUGCAGGGUCACGGAAUGGCACGAUUGUAUUCCCCCACCCCUCCUCCUCAUGCUCUUUCACCAUAUUUUGGCUUUAACACAGUCACCCGAGUCGAUUCUCUUGAUCAGAGCACACCGUUAGGAUUCAGUGUGUGUCUCAAAUAUCUUUUGUUCCUCUCCUGCAUCAUACUGGUGACACAUAAAACAAAAAUAACCCCCAAAAUAGGAAAGGUCAAAUCAAUUUCUACUUUUUCCUCAACAAGGAUUUUGCGACGAAUGCUAAGACCAUAAAGCCUAGUGGACACUUUGGGGCAGUUGUAUUGCUCACAUUUACAUCUUACGUGUAUUUAUGUUUUCAUCUAGUCGGCUAAUUUAAUUUAUAAGUGCAGUAGUCAAAAGCAUCUGCAUUCUUUUUACAUGACGUACAUGACAAAAUGCAGCAUUUCCAUGUGCAUGAUUGUUGUUCGCAUAGAGAACAUACUGAAAAUGAAUACGCAGUUUGUUUGUUUUGGGGUUUUUUUUGUCUUGUUUUAUUUUAGGUCCACAAUAGAUUUUUUUUUUUUUUUUUUUUGGUAUUGCCAAACCUGACUUUACUUUUGACCACAACUGCCAGGAAAAAAAAAUGCUGGUUGUUAUGAUCUUAGGAAAAACAAAUGGGCUCUUAGAGGCAAUCUGCUCAUGUUACUUCAAGCAGGGUGGGCAACCUACGGACCAUUUGCCAUCUGAGAGACCAUUUGCCUCUGACCUGCCAUCAAAGUCUGCAAACAAUAUUAAUGUCUCAUGUUAUAAAAAGCCCCCACCCCCAAUUAAAUCCACAAAUGCUCAAAAUUGAUCAAGAACUCUUUUUCAAAAUGCUAAACGGUAAAUUCAUUUUGAGUAUUCUGAGAAACCUGACCUGCAUAUUUACAAACAUGGAUUUUAUCCUGUUGAACCGAUUCAGCACAUCUGCCUCACAUUUCUCAGGUGGAUAAAACCCUUAAUUUGCUCAGUCUGAAUAUGUUAAAAAAAGAUAAUACCGAUUAGUCUGUACACCAAAGAAUGGCAUGACAAAAUGUUUUCCUUCCCACUCGGCAUUUAUCUCAUUUUGGAAAAAUAGCGCUUCACUCAAUAAUAUGCAUUUGUUUGCUCAUAUCAUAUCAUAUCUUUUGCUCUGAAGUUACGAUUGGUUCUUGGAGGACCUCAACUCGCCUCUUAAAGGAAUAAUGUUCCCCACCCAUGUUUACAAGCUUGAUGUGCACCUCAGUCAACAAAUUCUGGUCUUUGCGCCUUGAUUAUGACAGAUCAGAGCCGUAGUCUGUUUCACUUCACUUACUGACACGACUCAAACACACAAUUAUGGAUUCACUCCGCUAAACUUUCAUUGUACUCGUCCCUGCUAAUUUGGAAGCUCUCCUCUAUUUUCAUUUCAUUUUUGGGCUAUGGUUUUCCUCCUCUCUUCCUUGCUCACAUUGUUCACUGUUCUUCUGGAAAAAAAAUGGCUGUUGAUAGAUGGUUUGGAAAAAAAAAAGAAUAAAGAAAAAGCUACCAAAAAAGUGCUGUAAUUUUCAACGGUUGUACAUUAAUACACAAAAUAGAGUUACUGAGAGAGUUUUUAAAACUGAAA